AUGCGCCACCUCGCCAUCUCGUCCGAGCCACAUCGGACGAGCCACUCCCCUUUCCCACUCCAUCAUCUCUGCUCCUUCCAUGCCGAUUCUCAACUAGCCCACCUCGUCACGACCGACACUUACCUCUUUCUCUUGCGCCGCGCCUACGCCGUCUCGAACUACAAGCUAGCCGAACACCUGCUGACCGAACUGACCGACCGUGGCUUCUCGAGGAACGACGAAGCCAUCGUGCGUUUGGUACAUCGCUACGCUCUCAAGCGAGGCAACGGUCAACUCGCCUUCGAAGAGAGGCAACGCCUCAAAUCACAAGGACUUGCCGCGCUGGAAUGUCUUAAUUCGAGGAGGGAUCUGCUUGAAGAUGGCAAGGGGCAAGGGGAUGCGAUCGUCACGUGGAAAGGGAGGGAAAGGGGUAGGGUCCCGCGCAAACGAAGGGUUUUCUACGAGACCCUACGCAGCAGCACCUCCUCGUCGGGGGGAAAGAAACACAACGUAAAGGCACCAAUGGGGACGCCGGAUUCGCAUCACGUCAUCGAUCGAUUGUCGACGCUGUUCCAGAGGGCACCUUCGACUCGCUCCCCGUCGGAUGUGACCAAACUCGCUUCGGUCGAUAUCGCCACCCUGGUCGAUUCGUAUGUACUCGAUCGGAAUGCACAGAGGGCUUUCGAAAGUGCUCGAGUAUGGCUUGACCACACUCGACGCGGUUUGAUCAACACACAUGCGAACCUAAAUGCGAACCCUACCACAACUCGCCCCACCACCGUUGCCACCUCCCCACCGUUGCCACCGGACCUCGCGCGGCAAACGCACCACCUCCAAGCCUGUCGCUCUUACGAACAAACCGCUUUGGUCCUCCUCAACAUCCUUUUAAAAUCGCUCUACGCCUCCAGAGUAUCGACCACCUCCAUACGAACCUUCGUUCUAACCUACCUCGAUCAGCAUUCCUUACCUCAACGAUGGAAACUCCGACCUGCUCUAGCGACCUUGAGAACUCUGGUCGUCGGCAAUACGGGCUAUCAUGGUUCGUGGGGCAGGAGUGUGAAACUUGUCGCAUGGUUCGAUCAGCAAUUCGGACCGAUCGAACGACUCGAACUCGAAUGGGUUCAGGGGCCCAAACAUCACUUUGCUCGAAGAGCGUGCGUCAGAGCCGAUGCGUCCGUGACGUAUCUUUUGUUGGGGUUGGCGAUCAAGGAUCAGAAGAGGAAGAGGGAUAAGGAGGGGAAGAUGAAGGGAAAGGUGAGGGAGUGGUGGAAGGAGGUCGAGGAGGUGAGGAAGGAUAGGGGGUGGAAUGGUUUGCAGGGGGGUAAGGGGAAGCAGAGGAUUAAGGAGGCGAAAGAGUUGGGGUUGAUUGAAGUGGAGGAGAUCAAGGGCAAGGUCAGGCAGGAGGUGAAGAAGUAG